AAAUAGACAUCCAAAAGCGUGAUAACUCUAAACAUAAAUUUAUAAAAUAAUUUUUUUUGAUUUGUGUAGAAACUUUAUUUAUUAAAUAUUAUUAGCGAGCUGUGUCUUAUGAAAAUAAUUUAAUUUGCUCAUUUAAAUCACUCCUUUCUGUUGUUAAAAUGUUACCUGUUGUUACAUUUGUACAAAGAAGCCGGUUUCAUAAUAAAAUACUUACAUUGGAAAAUGUUUUCCAAAUUACUAAAAUGAAAAAUGUUGCCACAAGCUAUCGCUUGAUGUCUAUUUUAUCACGUCCCCAAUCUAAACAAGUGCUUGAAUUUCGAAAGGAGAAAUUAUCUCUACCUUUUCCUUUCAAGCAAAUAGAUUUUGUGAGGCAUGUUCAGUCAACUCCCUUCAACACUAUUAUUAUGUUUGUACCCCAACAAGAAGCAUGGGUUGUUGAGAGAAUGGGGAAAUUUAAGAGAAUAUUACAGCCUGGAUUGAAUUUCCUUAUUCCUAUAGUUGAUAGAGUUAAAUAUGUGCAGAGUUUAAAAGAGUUAGCCAUAGAUAUUCCUAAGCAGUCUGCAAUUACACUAGAUAAUGUUACAUUAAACAUAGAUGGUGUUCUUUAUUUGAGAGUUGUUGAUCCAUACAAGGCUAGUUAUGGUGUUGAAGAUCCAGAAUUUGCAAUUACCCAACUUGCUCAAACCACUAUGCGAUCUGAGUUGGGAAAAAUAUCACUUGAUAGUGUAUUUAGAGAAAGAGAAUCUUUGAAUUUUGCAAUAGUUGAAGCCAUAAAUAAAGCCAGCAAUGCAUGGGGGAUUGAUUGUCUCCGUUAUGAAAUCCGGGAUAUUCGAUUGCCACAGCGAGUCAAUGAGGCUAUGCAAAUGCAAGUAGAAGCUGAACGAAAGAAAAGAGCUGCUAUUUUAGAGUCUGAAGGAAUCAGGGAAGCUGAUAUCAAUGUAGCAGAGGGUAAAAAAAGAUCCAGGAUUUUAUCCUCUGAAGCUGAAAAAACAGAAAAAAUCAAUAAAGCUCAGGGUGAGGCAUCUGCUAUAUUGGCUAAAGCUGAUGCUCGAGCUAGAUCUUUGAAAAUGGUUGCAGAUUCCUUAUUGAAAAAGAAGGGAAAUAAUGCUGCUUCUUUGCUCAUAGCUGAGCAGUAUGUUACUGCUUUUAGUAAACUUGCAAAAACUGGUACCACACUAAUUUUGCCAUCAAAUACAAAUGACAUGUCUUCUAUGGUAGCACAAGCUAUGGCUAUCUAUAAGAAUAUUUCUCCAAAAAAUAGUGAACAUUUGGAGUUGCAGGAGUCAAAUGAAGAACAGAAAAAUUGGGAAGAAUAUGUUAGUGACGAGGAAGACAUUUUAGCUAAAGUCAAAGCCCCACCUAAAAGUGAUCUGCCUGUAGCUGAACAAAGUGAUCCAGAAAAUAAUAAAUUGUAAAUUGCCUGUUGUACCAAAUUUGUAUUAAAUAUUUGUUUUUAAUUAUUUAAAUUUUUUUAGAUUAAAUAUUUAAAUAUUGCAUCGGAGUAAUAUUUACUUUUCUGAUAAUUUCAAGUGAUUUCUGUUUCUCCGAAAAACUCAUGCCCCACCUGGAACUUUAUCUCUUACUUUGCUCAAUUUUAUGUGGGUGUAUAAUAAAUUAUUUUUUUGUGUGUGAA